UAUGUCAUCAUCCUUAUGGCUGUGUACUGGUGCACAGAGGUCAUCCCAUUGGCUAUCACAGCUCUCCUGCCUGCUAUAUUAUUUCCUAUGUUUGGAAUCCUGGAGUCUAAAAAGGUGUGUAUGCAGUACUUGAAGGACACCAACAUGCUGUUUGUCGGGGGGCUGGUUGUGGCAGUAGCCGUGGAACACUGGAAUUUGCACAAACGCAUUGCACUGAGGGUCCUGCUGAUCGUCGGAGUGAAGCCCCCACUCCUUAUGCUGGGCUUUAUGGGAGUCACCGCCUUCUUGUCCAUGUGGAUAAGCAACACAGCCACUACCGCCAUGAUGGUCCCUAUUGUCCAGGCUGUCUUGGAUCAGAUGAACAGCACAGAGCAGGACCUGACGAUUACGGACCAGCCUAAUGGGCAAGUGAAUUCAGCGAUCGAGCUGGAGGAGAAGAACACAAUGAGCCUGACGUCGGUGCAGGUCAUAGGUAAUGGUGACGUUCCUGAGGAACCCAGAGCUCUUGGUGACAGGGAAGUGAAGAAACGCAUCAAUAAGGGGAUGACGCUAUGUGUGUGCUAUGCUGCUAGUAUUGGAGGAACUGCAACGCUCACUGGAACGGGGCCAAACCUGGUUUUGAAAGGCCAGAUGAAUCAACUGUUCCCUGAAAAUGGUGAUGUCUUGAAUUUUGCUUCCUGGUUUGGAUUUGCGUUUCCUAAUAUGAUUCUGAUGUUGACGUUAUCUUGGUUUUGGCUCCAGUUUUCAUUCAUGGGGUUCAAUUUUAGGAAAACGUGGGGCUGCGGGAUGGAGAGAACUGACCAAGAGAAAGCCACUCUCAAUGUGCUCAAGGCAGAGCUCCGGAAACUAGGCUCCAUCUCCUUUGCUGAAUUCAAUGUCCUCAUGCUCUUCAUUCUACUGAUUCUCCUGUGGUUUAGCAGAGACCCAGGCUUCAUUCCUGGCUGGGCCACCUUCCUCUUCAAUAACGAGAAAGAGUACGUUACUGAUGCCAGUGUAGCUCUCUUUGUUGCACUACUACUGUUUGUAGUUCCUGCCACUAAACCCAAAUUCAACUGCUGUAGUCGAAAUAGCUUUAGCCCUGAACAGAACAGAGAAGUGAUGAAAGAGCCCUUUUUCCCAGCCCCGUUGCUAGACUGGAAGGUAGUUCAGAGGAAGAUGCCCUGGAACAUCGUGCUGCUGCUAGGAGGAGGCUUCGCCUUGGCCAGUGGAAGCGAUGCUUCUGGUCUGUCGAAAUGGCUGGGUGAUCAGAUGACCCCAUUGCACGCUGUCCCACCAUGGGCCAUCGCAGUGAUACUUUCACUUGUUAUUGCUGUCUUCACCGAAUGCACCAGUAAUGUAGCUACGGCCACCCUCUUUCUACCUGUCUUUGCGUCCUUGUCACAAUCAAUUGAGGUCAAUCCCUUGUACAUCAUGAUCCCUUGUACUCUCAGUGCCUCUUUUGCCUUCAUGCUACCUGUGGCGACACCUCCAAAUGCGAUAGUGUUUUCCUAUGGUCACCUCCAGGUUUUGGACAUGGCUAAAUCUGGAAUAGUGAUGAACAUUAUCGGAGUCCUCUGCAUCACUUUGGCCAUCAAUACCUGGGGACGUCCCAUGUUCAGCUUGGACACGUUCCCAUCCUGGGCCAAUGCCACAGCUGGAAAGUGA